AUGGGGCAGAAGUCCCCCUUGUACAUAAGUUCUUCAUGGGUAAAGUGCGUCUGCAUCAGCGGCCAAGGAUUCCUGAACGGCGACCUCAAGAAACAGCUGCACGAGCGGCAGCCGCGGAUCGCCGCGCUCAGCGACAAACAAGCUUUGGGAACCAUCACUGCAGUGCCUGUCACCGGUCCUCAGGUCAGCUCCUUGCAGAGGUUGGCCGGGCAAGGAGCAGCAGUGCUACCUCAGGUUAGGCCAAAGACUCUGAUCCCAGACAGCCUCCCCGUCACCCCAGGCCGGGACCGGCCACCCAAGCAGCCCCCAACAUUCCAGAAGGCCACCGUGGUCAGUAUCAAGAACCCCAGCCCCGCGCUCCCCACCGCCAACAACACCGUGAGCCAUGUGCCAGCGUCCAGCAGCCAGCCCCGGGCCCUGCCCGAGCCCGCCACCGUCAGCUCUCCUCUGAGCGGCGCCGGGGUGGCCUACGCCAUCAUCUCCACCGCCCCCAGCAAUGCCGCGGCCAUGGCCCCCAGCACCGCCGUGUCCGUGGUCAGCGACAGUGUCAAAGUCCAGCCCCUCCUCAUCAGUGCGGACAACAAGGUCAUCAUCAUUCAGUCUCAAGUGCAGCCGCAGCCUGAGAACACCGCGGAGUCGCGGGCGCCCACGGAGGAGCCGUCUCGGGGGUCUCAGGCCAGCCACAAGAGGAAGGAGGAGCGGCCCCCGAGCCAGGAGAACCCCGAGAAAAUCGCCUUCAUGGUUGCGCUGGGCCUGGUGACGACGGAACACCUGGAAGAGAUCCAGAGCAAACGCCAGGAGCGAAAGCGGAGAAGCACAGCCAACCCUGCCUACAGCGGCCUCCUGGAGACAGAGAGGAAGCGACUGGCGUCCAACUAUCUCAACACACCCCUGUUCCUCACAGCAAGAGCCAAUGAGGACCCCUGCUGGAAGAAUGAGAUCACCCACGAUGAGCUCUGUGCUGCCUGCAAGCGAGGGGCCAACCUACAGCCCUGUGGCACGUGCCCGGGGGCCUACCACCUCAGCUGCCUGGACCCGCCCCUGAAGACAGUGCCCAAGGGCGUGUGGGUGUGCCCCAGAUGCCAGCAGAAGGCCUUAAAGAAAGAUGGAGGUGUGCCCUGGACCGGGAUGCUGGCCAUCGUGCACUCCUACGUCACCCACAAGACAGUCAAAGAAGAGGAGAAGCAGAAGCUGUUGCAGAGGGGCAGCGAGCUCCAGAGCGAGCACCAGCAGCUGGAGGAGCGGGACCGGCGCCUGGCCUCGGCCGUGAAGAAAUGCCUGGAGCUCAAGACGAGCCUGCUGGCCCGGCAGAGGGGCACCCAGUCGUCCUUGGACCGCCUGCGGGCCCUCCUUAGACUGAUACAGGGUGAGCAGAUGCUCCAGGUCACCAUGACGACCGCCAGCCCCACCCCACUGCUGGCAGGGCCCUGGACCAAGCCCUCAACAGCAGCCAUACAUUCUGCCCUCCAGCACCCCCAGGGGCAAAACUGACCCCUGAGGGGCCCGCUUCACGCACGGAAAGCCACUGGGACCCUGCUCGCAAGACCUGAGGGUUCUGUCAGCCUUAAUUCAUACACACUAUGAAUCUCAGACAAAACUAAGACCAGGAAAGAAGGGCGGAGGAGCUGAGUGAGAGUCGGGAUGGAGUCCUGCCCGCUUCCCGUCAGAGGGGACGCCCGGAAGCCAGCUGGGGGUGCAGAGUCAGCUCCCCGCUGCUGGGGGUGCUUGUCCAGGCCUCCAGUUUCUGGGCACAGCUGUCUCCUCGGCCUUGAGUCACCCCCGCUCGAGAGAGCAGGGCCGAGGCGCCCUACGUGCUUGCGGGAGGGGAGCCGAGGACACGGCGUAGCUGAGUAGUAGAGCUAGUUGGAGCGAGAGGUGGGUAGCAAAUCUAGGUAGACUCCGCCAUCUGCCCGCCCUCACGGGGCCGCCAGGCACGCACCAGGCCUUCCGGACGCCCGCCCCGUCGUCAGUGUUAUUAGCGUUCAGAAUCGCAGCUGUUUAACUCGAAGGACGAAGACGCUCCGAGGGGUCGGACGCUGCUGUCGCCCGGCCUGCCUCUGUCUGGCCCCUGAUCGCGGGGGCACCCUCGCCUCGCGCCUCCUCCCACCUCUGCUGACUUUUUGGAUUCAUCUUGCCCUCGGUGUCUCUGGGCGAGAUGGCGCUGCAGCCAUGCUGGGGAGGCGUUUGGCAGGUUUUCCAUCUGGGGUUGAAUCGUUCACCCUAACGACCGAAGCCUUUUCUUUUCUCCUUUCGAAGAGCCGAUAAGAUAUUCCAUUCCUCUUUUCUUGCCAGUACAGACACUAUGCCAAAAAAAUAACUUUACAUUUUUGUACGGCAUUUUUAUUGUGAGAUAAUUUAAUGUGAAGGGGACUUGGUGACUUCGCUUCCCGCUCACCGGGGUCUCUGCUGCCAGGGAUGAAAGGAAGCCCCCUCGGGCAGAGGGGGAGGCUGCCAAACUGGAGAGGCCCAGAGCGGCUUUUAAGAAGUGGGGGGAGGGGGGAGGGAGAGAGACCAGUGGCCUCGGGAGACUGGAGGGUCCCUCUUCUCGAAGUCUCCUCAAAAGCGGAGGGAGGGUGCCCGCCGUUGUAAAAGGGCUCCUGCGCCUGGGGUGGGCUGUGCAGGCUGGUCACGCCUUGCGGCUUCUCCAGUCCCCGAGGGACUUAGAACUUAGCACAACAGGAUGAGCAUCUGGGAGCCAUGGGGCUCCCACCCCCAGCAUAUCACACGGUGCCGAUCGCAGUGCACGCGUGUGCGUGCGCACACGUGGCCCCAGACACGCACACACGCACGCACGAUGCCAGGUGCCCGGCAAGGAGGCUGGCUGGCACCCCACACAGCCCGCUAGCGGUCCCUCCUGUCAUUUCCACGACUCCGGGAGAAACUGUGCUGUACGAUACAGAUCUAUUUUAAUACACUCAACACUGGGUUGAACAAGAUUUUUAUAUUCUUUUAUUGAUGAACAAAGUGAACUGUGAGACACACGUCUUAUAUAUUGGUUACUCUAGAUGCCAAUUAUGCAUUACCGCGUGGCUUGCAAUGUAAAUGUCUUCAGGUUCCUUUUUUUUUUUUUAGUUGGUUGGUUUUUCUUCUCGGAUGGAUUGAAUUCUGUUUUUAAAGAAAUUGUUAAUGGGAGGAUGUGAAAGGUUGGACCCGGGAGGGGUAGCUGCCGAUGUGUCCUGAGACUUAGUUUCUUUUUGGACCAGGGAGGACCGUCUGAUGGCUAGUGAGGAUAGAGAAACAGUGUUUGUCUUAAAUAUGCCGAUGUAGUUUCCUUCUUACGAUGCAUUAAACUCGAUGGAUGGUUUCA